UGGAAGCCUGCAAUCGGAGAGAUCACAUCCGGUGUAGAUGUGUGCUUUGUUUUGUCUCUGCUGUUACCUCCUCUAGUUUAGCUUUAACUUCAUUCUGCAUCAGUAAAAGGUUACAGUUAUCACUUAUCUCCAGCCGUCAUGUCUCGGGGGUCAAGUGCAGGGUUUGACCGCCACAUCACCAUCUUCUCUCCGGAGGGAAGACUCUACCAAGUCGAGUAUGCCUUCAAAGCCAUCAACCAGGGAGGACUGACCUCCGUAGCGGUCAGAGGGAAGGACUGUGUUGUGGUCGUCACACAGAAGAAAGUCCCAGACAAGCUGUUGGACGCCUUGACAGUGUCACAUAUGUACAGAAUUACAGAGGACAUUGGCUGUGUUAUGACCGGCAUGACUGCUGAUAGCAGGUCUCAGGUGCAGAGGGCACGGUAUGAAGCGGCUAACUGGAAGUACAAGUACGGCUAUGAGAUCCCUGUGGACAUGUUGUGCAAACGCAUGGCGGACAUCUCCCAAGUCUACACACAGAACGCCGAGAUGAGACCGCUGGGCUGCUGUAUGAUAUUGGUCGGACUGGAUGAAGAGUUGGGUCCACAGCUGUAUAAGUGUGAUCCAGCCGGCUACUACUGUGGCUUUAAGGCCACAGCAGCUGGAGUCAAACAGACUGAGGCCACCAGUUUCCUAGAGAAGAAAGUCAAGAAGAAACUGGAUUGGACCUAUGAGCAGACCAUAGAGACGGCUAUCUCAUGUCUCGCAACCGUUCUGUCCAUCGACUUCAAGCCCUCGGAGCUGGAGGUGGGAGUUAUCACUACAAAAGAAUCAAAAUUCAAGAUUCUGACAGAGACUGAGAUCGAUGUCCACCUGGUGCGUUUGUCUGAGAGAGAGUGAGGAAAGUUGGCAGCCGUUUCGCUGCCGACUCUGAAAAGGAUGAACGGCAACACAAUAACCCAUAACCCCCCCCAUCCCCCCGAUCCCUCCCCGUCUCCUCCACACAAAGGUCUCGUCCUAGAAGGAAGAUGGUGGAACUAAACAGCGAGGUUGAGACGAACAACAAAGAUGAACAGUAGAGAUCAAUAUGGUCCUUAUUAAGGCAGGUGGGUAGAAAACGUUACUGCACCUCCUCCAUCCUCUCUGGUCAUAGCCAGGACCGGACUGGACCACUAUGAUCGACCCCUCCUGCAUUUUCCUUCUAGUCACACUGAGACAUCCUCACUGCAGGCAGCUGCCAAAUGUCACAUAGCCUCAAAAGAUGCUGGACACUCAGAUCAGUCCACCGUGUGACACACCAGUCAUGAUACGCUCUGUUCUCUGGAUGGAGCUAUGCCCAAAUGACUUCAGUUGACGAGUGUGACAUGAGCAGAUUUGAAAAUGGGGGUGUGGUAACACUACAGCACAAUACCUCUCAAUACCUCUAAAUAUUAUGGACUUGGUUGUCCUGUAGCUUCUCGAGUCACUGUACUACAGAACAGUGCUUCCAAUCUUUACUCAGGGCUGCCACAAACGUGUAUCUCUCUCUCAUUUUAUUAAUCUGCUUUUAAAAGUCUCCACCGUCUCUAGUUCCAGGAUGAUGUUUAUUCUCCGAUGUCCUUUGUGAUAACCCAGGAAACAGCUGUGGGAAUUCUGCCAUUACAGACGUUCAUCAUUGUCACACCCUUGUUUAGAUCUGCUCAGGUCAACGUCAACGGGAAGUCACUUAUUAUUUCAUCCUCUCCCCUGUGUCUUGAUCCUCCUCCCUUCUGCUGCCACGGCUGUACAUUACUGCACUUCUAAUAAACACAAUGUUUUUAUCGAACA